GCGCUCCACCCAUGGUCCUGUCUGCAGGAGGAAGAGACUGUUUGCGAUCUGGAGACACCUGCUCCAGUGAUGAUUCCUGCAGCCCACGACUGCGCACCCUCCGGCAGUGCGUGGCGGGAGACGGCAGCAUGAAGCUGGGGCCUGGAGCACGAAACCAGUGUGAGAAUGCCAUGAUAGCACUCCUGUCCACCCCUUUGCACGGCUGCCAAUGUAAACGAGGGAUGAAGCGGGAGAAAAACUGCUUGAGUAUCUACUGGAGUCUUCAUCAGUCCGUGCUGCAUGGACUCAGCUUGGUGGAAAGCUACCCCUAUGAACCAGAAGAAAGGGGCUCUGACUACGUCCGUCUGGCCUCCAUCGCUGCAGAGUCUGAGGUAACAACGGUGAACCGCUGCCUGGAUGCUGCCAAGGCGUGUAACAUAGAUGAGACAUGUCAGAAACUUCGUACGGAGUAUGUCUCAGCCUGCAUUCAGCCAUCAGCCCGCUCGGGGCCAUGUAACCGACCAAAGUGCAACAAGGCACUCAGGAAGUUCUUUGACCGUGUUCCCCCAGACUACACCCAUGAGUUGCUAUUCUGUCCCUGCACCGAUACAGCGUGUGCAGAACGCCGCAGGCAAACCAUUGUGCCAUCUUGCUCUUAUGAAGAAAAGGACAAGCCCAACUGUUUGUCCCAACUGAGGAUCUGCAAGGCAGACUAUGUGUGCAGGUCUCGCUGGGCACAGUUCCAGUAUGACUGCCAACCCACUGACCAGAGCAGCAGCGGCUGCAAGCAGGAAAACUACAGAGCAUGUCUUCUUGCAUACACCGGCUUGAUAGGAAGUACAAUAACUCCCAACUACCUUGACAACUCCACAUCCAAGGUGGGACCCUGGUGCUCCUGCGCAGCGAGCGGCAACCACAGGGAACAAUGCAGUGACUUCCUUGCUUUUUUCCAUGACAACGUUUGUCUAAAAAAUGCCAUCUUGGCCUUCGGGAAUGGAUCAGACGUGAAGACCGGAGCCAGCCAGCCUGGGAUGUCGAGCCCAGCAACGGACAGCCAGAGCCAGCAUUUGGUAACCACCACCCCGGGUGUCUCCAUGGAAACAGAGCAGAACGAUCUGCAAGCACAGAUACCUACUCAGGUGAAUGAGAACGACAGAUUGUGGGGUGACGAGGUAGACGCCACUCUCCCCUCUCCGGGCCUUUUGGAUCAUGGAGCCGAGCCCGUCCGCUUCUCUCUGCUGCUCAUUCUGGUCUGGCUGAUCCUUGUGCUGCUCUCCCACCCAUGAGACACGUCAUCUACCUGGCUCUUGUGGACCAAGUUUCAGAUCCAGGAAUGGGGUGGGGAUGGGUUGGGGUGAGGACGAAACGGCUGUGUGUGUGUGUGUGUGUGUGUGUGUGUGUGUGUGUGUGUGUGUGUGUGUGUGUGUGUGUGUGUGUGUGUGUGUGUGUGUGUGUGUGUGUGUGUGUGUGUGUGUGAGCUCAGUCCUGCCCCACCCCCAGUCUCCUUUCUCCCACCAGAAUCACUCCUAAUCUCUUUUUGUGAAUCAUGAUGUGUUGCAAAGCUCUGGAGAGGGAAAGGUGACCCCGCUGCAUCAUCGGAGAGGGAACACCAAUGGAACACACAUCAUUUCCUGCUUUUCCACAAACACACACAGACUUCUUUCAUCUGAUAUCAAACUUCAGCGAAAAGGAGCUGUUGGUUCUGGACGUGUACAGGGAAGAGAUGCGGUGCAGGAGAACUCUAAGUAUAUAAAACAGAGAAACAUCUUUUCUUUUUGUUUGCUCUUGAACAUUCCUCGAUGUAAAAGAUAAAAUAUUAAAUGUUAAGACUUUUCCCUCAGACGUGUUAUGCCAGGUUUAAGGUGGAACGUGUGUGUUGGUCCACAUGCAGCUCUGUUAUUUACGUCAGCGUCACAUUUUCUAUUUGAAAUCCCUUAAAGUGUUAGAUGAAAGCACAUGUUCUGAUGAGUCAAAUCACCGCGGAACCUUUGACUCUGUGGUUGUGUUUAAAGCUGAAGAGUUCAUUUCCAAAAGAAUUUAAAGUAUUUUAGGAAAAUUCUGUUGAAAUUUAACCAGAUGGAAAGAAACCAACGAUGCUUAUUAUCCUUUCAUUUAUUGGCUUUCUGGUCAAUUAUUUAGUUAAAGUAGGAGGAGCCAACUCUAAAUUUUGAUGACCUUACUUUGGAAAAGAACUCUUCAUAAUUUUCAUUUUUAAGCUUUAAUGUGAGGCCCGGUCCCAGCCUGUUUUUUCUCAGAACUGUAAAAAAACAAAACAAACAAACAAAAACAAUCAAGUGUUUUUUGUUGAACCAACAAGAGAUCUCAAGUUUAUAUUUUUAAAUGUGAAUGGACGUUGUUGCAGAAAUAACACCCAUGAGCCGCCACUGUGGGAGAACUGGUGAUCCACCAUCUGUGACCGGUGGGACUCUCCGCUCCCACUGGGAGGUCAGAGCUCUGAUUGGUGGAGAGGAGUCCGGGACAUUGCCGCUGACUUCAGAUUAUGCCAUCUUUACCUGAAUGAGGACGAACAGACCAAUCAGACGGGAUUUAGUUGGACACAUCUACUCCAUCAUGUUUGUCGGAACACCGGUUCCGAUGCUCAGUGCUGCCUGUGUUUUCUAAAAGUUAAAGACUGGAUUCAACAUGUAAACAGUUGUCUUAAAGGGCCAGUUCACUCAUUCAUGAGUCAUAGACUUGUAUCAAUUGUUAAAGAGGCGUUGACGUCAAAAACCAAACUUCUUCAUCUAAGUUCAAUUUCAUUUAUUUAACUUUCUUUAUAAAAGAGUCACUUGGUAGAAAACAAGUUCAAAUCAAGUCUAAUAGGAAUAUCGGCUUGGUUCUGUUAUUGUUGUUGUUGUUGAUCAUCACUUAAGCUCUGUUGCAUUUAUUUAUUUAUUACUUUACCCGUUAAAGACUUGUAAAGGCCAACGUGUCAUAUGUUUAAUGCAUCUGCAGUGGUCUCAAGUAGGACUGAAUGUAAGUCGUAGUCUGGGGAAAGAAAAGCUGCGGCGCGUCUGUUUGAGAACGUAGAAGUCAGCUGUUUCAAACGACGACAUCUCUCCUCUGAUUGGUUAACAGCAACACGACUCUACCACUGACCCUGAUGGCUCUGCAACGUUGAUGUUUUAUCUCCACACAUAACACAAGCCUGGAGGAGUUCUGCUGUGUGGUGGAGUUGCUAAUGCCAACGGUUAGCUUCUACUAGAGGAGAUGUUCUCUGCUGUUUUCUGGAUGUUAAACCAACAACAACCUUCGUGAGUCAAGAUGGGUGGGUUCAUGAACAGUGAGUGACAGUGUGAUGUAGAUCUGUCAGGCUCUACUGAACCAAAUGUGUUUCUGUCUUCUUUAGUCAGAAGCUAAUGCAGUAAAUAGGGGUAGAAGACUAUUUUCAUGUUCUGCCUAUGUGUUAAACUCAGAGUGACCCAUCAUUUUUAAAAAUAAGUAAAAACACUUUCUCAGUGGCACUGCUCUUUAACAGAACCAGAGGUCGGUCCAUCCAGUUCAGGAUAGAGAAACAUACAAAAAGCCUUUUAGACCUGUCAUUCACUUUAUAGGAAAAACAACAGGAUGGUUAAAGACCACUAAAAUGAGCAACCUCAUCCAGAUAGGAUCAUUUGUGGAGAUGAAUAGAUCAUGACAAGCAGCAUCCUAAAGAAGCUGUGGACUCCAUCCCACGCCUAACUGAACAUCUUCCUGUAUUUGUUAAUAAAUCAGGAUGUUAUGUUUCAUUGUGUUCCUCAUUCAGUCCCAAAAGUGUGUUUUAAUGAGUGUUUUGGUUGAACUGGCCCUAUAAACUAUGAAUCUGUGUGGUUCUAUGAUUUUAAGAGUUUGUGUGAUGCACUGAGCCACGGGGAUCAACCAGCAGAGAGCAUCCAGGACCAGGUGAUACACCAGUCCUCUCUUUGAAAAGGAAACCGAUCCCAGUUGGCUCAUGUGACUCCCUGAACAUAUAC